GAGAACAACACGUGCAGAUUGAUGGACUACAGAAACCAAGCGGUCGCCACAUUCACCGUCGACGGUCGCGACUUGAUUUGCCUACCCCAGGCUUUCGAACUUUUUUUGAAACAUCUGGUGGGUGGUUUGCAUACCGUGUACACGAAGCUCAAGAGACUGGAUGUUGUGCCAGUUGUCUGCAAUGUCGAGCAGGUGAGGGUAUUGAGGUCACUCGGGGCAAUCCAACCAGGGGUCAAUAGGUGCAAACUCAUCUCACCAAAGGAAUUUGAUGUUCUGUACGAAGACUGUACUAAUUCA